AUGGUGUUAAAAGAUGACUCGCCACGGCAAUUUCAGGCCAAACCGAAUAAGCUUGAACUACCUACACCGUCGACAGCUCGUGGUCCCAGAUCACCCAACCCGUCGCAUCUAUUGCCUGCAACAGCCCUCUUUCAUGGUCCUCAUUCUCGAAAUGCUUCUCAUACCUCUUUGUCUCGCUCGCGCGACGAUCGUCCCAAUGACCCAUCUACACCUAUUGAUCGGAACCGUGACCGUGAUCAACCACAACAUCUCCCGCGUGCUCGUCCACCCACUUCCUCCUUCUCGGGUCCUCGACCAAGUCUCAUAGCAGCAAGCCCUAAAAACAAUGCGCCUGGAGGAGGUCAAACUGGUGCCUCUGCUGUGCGCCCCAAACCCGGUGCUACUAUCUCAUCAAAGAAAGAAGAUGACUUCCGUGCUGAUGCUGUUUGGGCUGAGAUGCAGAGGACACUGGCUGAUGUAGAGCUUAGCGCCAUGAACAGCAGCCAUGUCUUUGGUCAGCAGCACGCGAGAGCGCUCGAGGAUCUGAGGACUGCUCAGCUAGGUCUGGCACAGGCGUGGGCAAAGAGUGAGGCAGAUGAGAUGGUCGACGAGGAGUUUGGUGGAGACGAGGGAGAAACGAGUGCUGUAGGCACGAUGAGAGGCGGCAUUUUUGGCGGUACUCCAGCUCGAGAGAAGUCCGGACAUAGCAGACAUGCUAGCACGGCUUCUAAUGCGAGCAGAAGUGGAAACCUUGAAGAGGAAACAGAAAGAGACAUCCGACUUGCGCGACGUAGAAGAGAGGCGAACGACCGGUAUUUCAAACAGGUCAAUAAAGGUGUUCUAGACGUGGUGAAGAAAUUGGACGAGGUAGCAAAUGCAAUGAGACAAGUCGAGAAGGAGAGUCGUGAACUCUGGAACGAGACUUCUGGGAGUGGAAGCGAGGAUCUGGGCGAUGUGACGGAAACGGACCAGAGCACACAGCAACAAACGAAAAACAAAGAUAUUGAAAGACCUGGCGGAAGAAGUAGAGCAGAAACGGCAGAAAGUCAGAUUUUCAGUCUUAGGACAGAGACAACUGACGCUCUCAGCGAUAGUCCAGAAUCGAAGAGAUAA